AAUCCUACCUUAAAAAUAAUAUAGUUAGAUACGUAACCUCAAAAUUGUGCGAUAAUCCUUUCAAAACGGAAAUAAAAUAAAUAAUUAUUUUUAGUUUAAAAUAUGUAUAAGGGCCCGGGUAUUUCGUAAUUUUAAAUUUAUUUACAUUCUAUCAUGGCUGGAACUAUUUUUCGUUCAGUUCUUCACAACGCAAUAACAACUUAUAAGACAAAUGCUAUUAACUUGAGGACCAUUCAUACAUCAGCAGUUUUUGAUGCUGCUCGUAAAGGAACAAGAGCAAAAGCACGUGCUAAAAAAAUUAAAGUGGAAGUAAAAAAAGUGGGUUUCAUCCCUCACAAUCAAAGAGGAAAGGAUAAGUUAGUGAAGCAAAAUAUAAACAAGCAUUUUGAUGAUAGCUACAAAUCUGAAGCCAUAGAUGAUGUGUACCCUAUGAAAUAUUAUAGGUGGUUAGAGUACUCUGCAGAAGAUGCAAUACGAGCCCAUCAGGAGACCCACCAUCCAACUAUGUAUAAUCAGACAGACGCCCUGAUAUUUGCACAUGUUGAGUUCAAUAUGGAAGCUGUUAAAAAGAAUCGGUACUUGGACAGCUUUGUUCAGUUGAGUUUGUUACCUCACAUAUUUCCUCGUGACGAGGAACGUACAAUCCUCGCAUUCUGUAAGGGACCAGAACUUAUUAAAGAAGUAUUGGAUGCAGGAGCUACUACUGCUGGCAGCACUGAGCUUAUAAAGAAAAUUCAGGAAGGCCAGAUCAAACUGAGCGAUUACGACUAUGUAAUAGCUCACCCCAACAUCAUUACUGAUCUGGUACCCAUACGUGGGCUACUAAAGAGGCGUUUCCCAAAUGUCAAAGCGGGAACACUUGAUCCAAAAUUGGCGGAACAAGUAAAGAAAUUUGCUGGCGGCGUUCAAUAUAGAGUUGUAAAGGACGAACACCAACAGAACUAUGGAUCAGUUGAAGUGCCUGUUGGGAGGGUGAACAUGGAGCCCAAAUGUGUAGUAGAGAAUAUCGAAGCACUAUUGAAAAACAUGCAAUCAGUACGCCCCAAAAGAGAAGGCCUCUUCAUUACUAGGUGCCUAAUAGUAAGCCCACCGUCAACAGAAAAAAUUAAGAUUGAUCCAUUUGUGUUUGUGGAUAGAACUCUAUCGAAAGAGGUGCAAGAGGAGAGUGACGAUGAAGAUGAAACUGUUGCUGCCACAGCUUAAAACAGUUAUAAUAAUGAUAUUGUAUAGCAUAGAAUAUAUGAAAUGAGA